UCAAAAAAAACGUUGAGAUGCGUUGAACAUGCAUGCAGACACAGGAUGGAAUAGGAGACGCUAGAGACGGAAGCCGUUUUCCGCUUGAAUCUCUCCUAUCUUGUGUUUGGCCUCCAGGGCUGGGCACAUCCUCCCCCCUCACCAUAGAGCAGCCGCUGUCGAUAAGCUGUCGUUCUCUUUCACUAACGCUGCGGUGCGGACAUCGCCGUGGCGUAUUUGUUGAAGGGGUUGCCGUGGAGACUGGCGGCAGUGAGGCAGCACUGGAGCCAGCAGAGAGACAGCAAAGAGGGAGAGAGGGAGCUGCAUGCUGCAGAGAGCACCACUGUGGAGCAGACCAGGCUGAGCCGGACUGUGCAAACAUGGGCUUCUCACCACGCAUCCUGUGAAAACUACCCACAGCCAGCUCAGAAACCUAGCCUCAUCCACCCCUUCAACCCACGGCUGCACCAGCCCUUCUCUGGCAGUCCCUUCCUGGGCUUUGUGCGUGGGGUCAGUGGAACUGGAGGGAGUACAGCUCCAGUUGGGCCUGAUGUGCUAGCAUCGCAGGUCAGGUGGUAUCCAAUGAAGGCUGGGUGAAGUGCCGGAGGGUCUCUUAGACCCUGGAGCAUUGCGGGUCGUUCUUUUCUCCGUCUGUGUGAAUAGCGACGCCUGAAUGAGAACGAGCGAUGCGGGCAACAGUAAUCCUGGUGCAGGUAAACGCUGGUGAGGCCUUCACUAUUCGACGAGAGGAUGGUCAGUUUCAGUGUAUCACAGGUCCUGCUCAGGUUCCCAUGAUGUCCCCAAAUGGUUCAGUGCCUCCAAUCUAUGUGCCUCCUGGAUACGUUUCACAGAUCAUAGAAGAGAAUGGAGUACGGCGUGUUCUGGUCUUACCUCAGCAGCCAGAGUUCCACCCAGGGGGCCACUCCCCUCUACACCACCCUCCCCCCCAUGCCCAUCUGUCGGCCUUCAUCCCCCAUCCGCCCAUGAUGCCCCCUCAUCCCCACCUUUACACGGGCAUGGCAGGAGGGGUAGGCGACAUGGGCUCCCAGUACAUUUCCCAGUACCACCCAGCUCACAUCUACUCAGAGCAGGCCUCCGCAGAUUCUCACUCCCCACAUGGACGCCCGCCGUUUGUUCACAGGGACGAAAGGGCGAGCAAAACAUACGAACGCCUGCAAAAGAAGCUCAAGGAGCGCCAGGGAGGAGGAGGGGGUCAGAUGAAGGACAGCCCCCCUCCCUCACCGCAGAAGAACCGCCUGAGCCCUACCACACUCGACAUUUACAAUGGGGUGGGGGGGAAAGGCCUGGAGCUGGAGCCAGGGCAGGCCAGCAACACGGGGACAGGCAAGCAGGCGGGCAGGGGACAAGACGGAGACCAAGGAGAGCUCGAUGAAGAUGCCCGGGCCCUGCAAGCUCUGCUAGGUACCAUCAGUAAGCCAGUUGUGUCAGACAUCCAGGCCCGAGGUGCUGUGCUGACCUGGAGCGCCCCCAGCAUGCCUGAAAGGGAGGAGGGCAGCCCCCCUGAGCCACUCAGCUACAAGGUCUCCAUCUCCUACAAUGGCAUAGAUGGGAAUUACAGAAGCACCUGCAGUGGGGAGGAUUUAAGUGCAACUUUAGAAGACCUAAGACCAGCAACAGACUAUCAUGUGAGGGUCCUGGCUGUGUGUAACUGUUUACAGGGUAACCCCUCUGAGGCUGUGAGCUUCACCACUCUGAGCUGUGAGCCAGACCUCCCGAACCCCCCAAGAAAGGCCAGCGGGACCAAGAGCACCAUUGUUGCCCAGUGGAAGCCUCCAUGUGACAACGGUUCCAAAAUCCAAAAUUAUGUUCUUCAAUGGGAUGAGGGUAAGGGUACCGGGGUGUUUGAACAGUGCUACUAUGGACCUCAGAAGCAGUAUCGAGUUACCAAGCUUUCACCAGCUUCCAGAUACUCCUUCCGUCUUGCAGCCAAAAAUGACAUGGGUGUUAGUGAGUUCAGCGAAGCGGUGGACUUGUUCACCUCGUGCAGUGUUCCGUCGCCCCCACUUCCUCCAGAUCUGGUCAAGGCUGGGGUCACCUGGCUUAACCUACAGUGGCAGAGACCUCCAGGAUCCCCCAAGGAGGAUGAGAUCUUCUACAUUCUGGAGAUGGAGGAGGAAGGCUCGGGAUAUGGUUUCCAGCCAAGCUACGAUGGUGAUGAGCUCUCCAAGACAGUCGUGCACCUCCACAGGAGUACCAAGUACAAGUUCCGGGUGGUAGCCUACAACUCUGAGGGGAAGAGCAACCCCAGUGUGGUGGCAGAGUUCACCACGUGUCCAGACAUCCCCUGCAGCCCCUCCAGACCAGCCAUCAGGGGCAGGGUACUGCCCAACAGCUUCAGGGUGGCCUGGGAACCCCCUAAAGACAAUGGUGGAGCCAAUAUAACCAAAUACAUUUUGGAGGUUUCUGAUGGUCUGAGUGGAUUGUCAUGGGAAUUGGCUUACGCAGGGCCAGCCAUGGAGUACGUGUGUGAGAGUCUUAAGCCCGGCUGCUUUUACCAGACCAGAGUCUAUUGCAUGAGUGAGGGCGGGCAGAGCCCGCUGUCGGAGGCUCUGCAAGUCCAAACUCCUGCUGUGCCCCCCGGGCCGUGCCAGCCCCCCCGGGUGGUGGGCAAGUCCAGAGCCAAGGAGGUGCAGCUGCGCUGGGGCCCACCUCAGGAUGAUGGAGGCAGCCCAGUGUCCUCCUACAGCGUGGAGCUGUGUGGGUCACAUGGUGCUGAGGAGAGCCGGGAGGUCUAUCAGGGCCCUGAGCCGGACUGCACUGUGGUGAACCUGCUGCCUGGCAGAACCUACAACUUUCGCAUCCGUGCAGCUAACAAGGCUGGGUAUGGCUCCCUGUCAGAGCGCUGUGAGGUGACCACAGGCCCAGGUGCCCCUGAGACCUGCAAGGCUCCCCACAUCAACUGCAAGUCCCCCACCUGCGCCGUAAUCAGCUGGGAGGCCCCCCCGUCUAACGGUGCCCCUGUGUCGGAGUUCCGUGUGGAGUGGGGGGCCAUGGAGGGGAGCAUGCAGAUCUGCUACAGCGGGCCAAGUCUCAGCCAUGAGAUGAAGGGCCUGUUCCCUGCCACAUCCUACUUCUGUCGGGUUCAGGCUGUGAACGUGGCCGGCGUGGGAGCCUUCGGCGAGGCGGUGCUGUGUCAGACGCCGUGCUCCGUCCCUGCCGCCGUCAGCAGCAUCCACGCCCUGAAGGAGGCUGAGCUCAGAGGGUACGAGACCUCCCUGGACCUGGAGGAAGACGAGGAGGAGGAGGAGGAGGAGGAGAACCCGGCCCCUCCACUCUACUCCCCUUCCAGCUGCCUGGGCCUGCGAUGGGAGCCCCCCUGUGACCACGGGGCUGAGAUCACGUCCUACCUGAUUGACCUGGGAGAGCGCCAGCCCAUUGCUGUUGGCCCUGUCACCAAAUACAUCAUACAACACCUGCAGCCUGACACCAGCUACAGGAUCAGGAUCCAGGCUCUAAACAGCCUGGGUGCGGGGCCUUUUAGUCACACCUUUAAGCUGAAGACCAAGCCACUGCCCCCUCUGCCCCCCCGCCUGGAGUGCACCGCUUUCAGCCACCAAACCCUCAGGCUCAAGUGGGGCGAGGGGCCGGCCAAGGCAGCCUCUUCGGACGCCCUCCAGUACCAGCUGCAAAUGGAGGACAAGAAUGGCAGAUUUUUUUCCUUGUACAGAGGACCAUGCCACACUCACAAAGUCCAGAGACUUAAUGAGUCUACCUCUUACACGUUCCGCAUCCAGGCCUUUAAUGAGGCAGGCGAAGGGCCUUUCUCCAAUGUUUACACAUUCACCACCCCACGCUCUCCUCCUGCCCCAGUGAAAGCCCCCCGAGUGGAGCGUCUAGAAGACCACUCCUGCGAGGUUACCUGGGAGACUCUGCUGCCCAUGAAGGGAGACCCAAUAAUCUACACCCUGCAGUGCAUGAUGGGAAAUUCUGAGUUUAAACAGAUGUACAAAGGCUGUGCCACAUCGUUCUCAGUCCCUAACCUGCAGCCCAGCAGCGAGUACCGCUUCAGAGUGUGUGCCAUUCGGCAGUGCCAGGAGGCCCCGGAGCUGAGUGGGCCCUUCAGCCCCACGGUGACUCUCUUCCCCCAGCGCAGUGAGGUCGCAGCAGGCAGUGGCCUGAGUGGCUCUGGGCCCAGAGCUGGUGCAGAGUCAGCCAGACCCAGGCGUAGCCUGACCGACGAGCAGUGUGCCGCUCUACUCCUUAUGUUCUUCGCAGUCAUCUCCAUCCUCAUUGCUUUCGUCAUCCAGUACUUUGUCAUUAAAUGAGCUCCUGUCCAGCUGCAGGGUUACAGCUUUUUUUUUUUUUUUUUCUGUUGUAUUUUCUCACUGUGUUUCUGUGUUUUCACACCUGAAGAAUUAGCAGUGUGAGGGGUGGGUGGAGGGAUUACCUGAACAGAAGAGAGCAAAUGAUACCUUUUUGUCUUUUGCACCCCAACACCCUCACAACGGCCUCCUUUUCAAUUACAGUUAAAAUUCCAGUGUAAUUGGCUAUACUGCACAACAGGGACUUAAAAGCAGUAGGGAUACUGUUGUUGAAAAAACUAACAGACUUGGACUCAUGUAAUUGUCGAUCAUAUUAUGUAUCAUUAGUCAUUAUUUAUGUUUACGUUUAUGUGAAACAGAUCUUGAUUGAGUAAGUUGUUGGUUGGUGUUUGACCAAGGGACCUGGUUGGUCGGUGCACAGCAGUCUGUUGAGAUCCAAAGGUAUGUCAUGGUGAUUCCCAGGCAGGAGGAGCCUUUUAGAGGCCUACUGAUUCCUACUGGAGAUUAGACGGUUGUACUGAGAGAAGACAAAUUGAUAUACAGUCUUGUUCACAUUAUAGAACCUUAAUUUAGCACUUUCCAACUUUUUUGAUGUUCAGAAUGUGUAAGGAUGCAAAAAUGACUGGAUACAUUUUAGUAUAUUUUUGUACAGCAAGACACAAGGACCUGUUAUAGAAAUUGCUCAGUAUAGAAAACCAAACAUAACACAACAUAAACAUGAUGGUUUAUUUUACUAUAAUAUAUUUAUACUGUAGCCUGUUUUUACAAUCAUGCAGCUGCUUUAAUCCAAAUUAUUUUUGUUCAGCACAAAAAUGUAUGCUUAUCUUUAUCUGAUUUUUUCCAGUAUUUGAUUUUGCACCUUAGUUAAAGAAUACCUUGACCUAAAACGUCUUGGUCUUGUGAUGCAUUUUAUUCAACAUAUCUUCAGAUUGUUCAAGCCCUAUCUGUGUUUGGAAUGUUUUAAAAGUAGUAUCACAUGUUGCUGAAAUGGCUUAUUUCUUUAAAGAAAACCGUUUGAGAACCAAUUGCUUCAGAUAAUUUACUAGUAUAUGGGGUAUAAACCUGGGAGCAUUCUCUUAAUUCAGGUUUUGAAUUUUGUUUUAGUCUAGAAAACUGUUCUGUUUACUUUAACUUCUAGCAAUUUAGGUUUUGUGUCAGGAAAACAUGCAUAAUUAUGAGAUUUGGCAUAGUUCUAGGCAUUAAUUUGUGAAUUAUUUUGAUUUCUUUAUUUAAGGUCAUACUUGUGUGAAGUAUAUUUUUUUAUUGUAAUGAAGGUUAUAUAAAUUAAUUAUAUCCAGAGAAAAAAAAAAUCUGCACUCAUGAAACAUGAAAAGCAAACAACAGAUACAAAAUGUGUAACUUAUGUACUUCCUGUGAAUCUAAGUUUGGCCUUUUCUCUGUGUGUUAAGUCUUUGUAACAGAGUGCAAAUACUGAAUUUUCAGUGUUGUAGUCUGACAAUAGGGUCUAGUGUUGUAUUUGGUAUGGGCAAAUUAUUGCUGUUGCAACCGUUAUGAAUCACAGGUAUCUUGCAAAAGUCUUUAGAUAAUUACAUGAUUUGGUCGACCAGGCAUUCUGCAAAUGUCUUUUUGUCAUUUAAAGACUCAAAUUCCUAUUUUUGAUAGUGAUUGCCAUUAUAACACCUCGCCGCAGGUUACUACCUUUGUCUGAGAUAAACAAAAACGCAACAAAAGAAAUAAAAUAUGCACAAAAAAGAGACCAUUUUUAUGUAAUUUUAAUGUUUGCAGUUACCUCAUACACCUUACAUUCCAAAAUGAAAAUUUGUUAUACUAUACAUAUUACCAGACAUAUCACUUUAAAAUGUUCGUAAUGGGAAAAUGUAUAAUCAUAGAUAUGUAUCUAAAGUGUAUCUGUAUAGCCAUGAUAUAUACAAUGGAUCCAUGCACAAUAAAAGAUUUAUAAUUCUUGAA